CUGUGAGCUUUGGUUUGUAUGUAUUAAUCUCCAAAACGUCUUUUUUAGUAGCGAUAAAAUACAGUUUUAAGUUCAGGUCAAUAUGGUAAUAUAGAAAUAAUCAUAAUUUUUUAACGUUUAUUUUUUUUUUUUGAGUUCUAAAUUUUUUAGAUACAUUUGAACAUCUUGCUUCAACCACGUAGCUUCCUGGUUCCUGUGUGAGUCAUCAGGUAGACGCCAUAUAGACUAAAUAAGAAGGACAGGCCGACGCCGCCUCCCAUUUCAACCAGAUGUUCCCGGCUCCUCCCAGUCAGCUCAGCUGGCUCCUCGGACAUUCCAGCCCACCUCUGGGAAUCUGCUGGCUCCUCCAAGUUUCUCACCAGUCUAAGAAACGACAGAGGAGGAGACACGAUGAGAAGACUCGUAGUCCUGAUUAGCGUGAUGUGCUUCGCGAGCGCUCAGCACCAUCAAGCCCUGAUUGACUACUUGGAGCGGCGGCUGCUCGCCAUUGAGGACCGCAUCUCCCUGUGGCAUGAACAAGCCAUCCGCUAUGCCUCAGAGCUGCGGGAUCUCAAACAACAGAUGGUUUCCCAGCUGGAGAACUUGGACAAAGAAAAAGAGACGCUCCGCGUGAACCUGGACAGCAUGGGAACGAGAGUGGACCGGGUGGAGCGAGAACUGGAUUACCUGGAGACCCAGAAUGGGGCUCAGCCUUGUGUGGAUGUGGAUGACAAGCUGAUAGAGCAGCAGGUGACACAAGUGCAGGAGAAACAGAAGACAAAGUACUUCAAAGUCACUGAUUGCAGCGACAUGAUCUCCACCAUAAAGGCCAUGAAGAUCUUGAAGCGAGUGGGAGGGUCAAAGGGCAUGUGGACCAGAGACACCGGCGGCGGGUCCGGGAAGGUCUUCAUCUUCAACGGGACCGAUAAAGACACCAUAUUUGAGUUUUCCACCGUGCAAGAUUUCACUCGCUCGCAGGGGCUAUCCGAGUCCAGGCAGCUGAAAAUUCCCAAGACCUGGACUGGAACCGGUCAUGUGGUCUACAAUAAUCACGCUUAUGUCAUCACGCAAGCGGACGAGGCGGUGACGCUGGUUAAAUAUGACUUAAGAAACAAGUCCGUGGCUGAUAGCGUGGUGUUCCCGGUCCAGGACCAGGUCCCGGUUUAUAACCUGAGUCCUGAGACGGUCGUGGACUUGGCCGUGGACGAGGAAGGCCUGUGGGCCAUUUACGCGACCCAUCAGACGGAGAAACACAUCUCUCUAGCUAAACUCGACGCCAUCUCGCUGACUAUUGAGCAAACGUGGGACACAAACUGUCCGAGAGAGAACGCGGAAGCGGCUUUCGUCAUCUGCGGGACGCUUUACGUGGUUUACAACACCAAGCAACCCGGACGCUCACGUGUGCAGUGCUUAUUUGACAUCAACGAUACCGUCAGCGGUGAUGACGCGCCGCUGCUUUACUUCCCCAAACGCUACGGCGCUCACGCCAGUCUCAAGUACAACCCGCUAGAGCGGCUGCUCUACGCUUGGGAUGACGGCUACCAGAUUCUCUACAAACUCGUCAUGAAGAAGAAACUUGAGGUUUAACACAUCGAGUACCUUAAAAAAUCAAUUUUGGUAGCUAUGAAGUACCGUAAAUUCCGCACUAUAAGCCGCUACUUUUUCCCCAAACUUAAAACUAACCCUGCGACUUAUUCAGUGAUGCGGCCAAUUGAUGUAAUUUUUCUAACGGCCGCUAGGGGCUCUCGAGUAGAAAAGGUAAGAUUAAGACCGGUGGAAUAUAUGCGUCGAGGAAGACUGCAACUUCUUGUUUUGUGCAUAAAUGGACGAUGACUUUGAUGGCGUCAGUUCAAAGGAGGAAGAUGAAGACGGCAUACCGUGAUUUUUACCAGUAUGUUCUUUUUACCAAUUCUCAGAUGAGGAAGCGGCAUGGUGACAUCACGGAAGAAUCGAUGGACCAGGGCGUUUUUGGCGGAUAACCUUUUGUUCGGGUCGUAGUGCAGCAUUUCCUGAGAGGAACCACUUUGGAGAGAUCCUGGCGGGCCCACUUGGGGAACGACGGUUUGUAGUCCGGCAUGGAUGUAACUCCCGGCCACGUGGCUUCAUCGGGGGUGCCCAGGGUGCGGAAGAUUCGGAAUAGCUGGUCAAUCUCGGAGUCGCCAGGGAAGAGCGCCCGUCUGGUGAUCUGAAGAAGACGGUAUUUUCUUACUGGCCUUACUCGGCUAUUCUGUAUCUUUCUCCAGGACAUGCGUCAAUCAACCAGGAGUAAAUGGAGGGCGGUUGGGAGACAUCCACUUAACCACAUUACUAUUUGGCUGGUUCAGCAGUCGAGGCCAAGGGGAGUGGGACAGCAGACGUUUAUGCACGCCAAACGCUCUUGCCAGACCAAAAUCCGCCAACUUGAUCUCCCCCUGGGCGUUGAUGAGAAGGUUCUGAGGCUUCAGGUCCCGGUGAAGAACCCUGUGGGAGUGGCAGAACGCCAAGCCCUGCAGCAGCUGGAAGAGGUAACUCUGCGGAUGGAUGAAAUGUCAAUAUUUUUCGUCACAACCAAGUCGAUGUGAUUACCCGACGAUUUACCUUAAUGAGAGGAAGAGGGAUUCCGGUGACCGUGGAGGAGUCCAUGAACUUCUUUAGAUCCUGAUUAAGGAACUCAAAAACAAGGUAUAGCUUGUUUUCUGUGUGGAUGACAUCGUGUAACCUUUAAAGAAAAAAAGCGUUAGGAGACUUUCGAUUAAAACACUCAAACAAGAAUACGACAAACUUUGAACUUACUUGACAAUAUUUGGAUGGCUGAGCUCUUUAAGGAGCGAAAUCUCUCGAAUGGCGGUGCUUGGAACACCCUCGGUUUCCCUGAAUAGAAAAUAUUCUAUCAAUAUUAUGUACUACAAGGAACUGUAAUAAACACCUUGGUAUACUGCAGUGUAGUUCAAUAUUUUAUAUUAUUUUUAAUAUAGCAGUUUUACUGCAUCUUAGUACAUGUUAUAGGUGUACCUAAUGUUGCGAGAACAAAAAUGAAUGAAGCAACUGUUUACAAUAUUCUCAAAUUGUGGUAGUAGUACUACUGGUGGUACACAGAAAACUCCAGAUUAUAGAUGUUUAUAUCACAAUUAAUUCAUGAAUUAUUUAACUGUGUUGUGUAUGUAUUUAAUGCGUUGGACUUUUUGACUUGAACUACAGAAAUUAAUUCAAAUUUGUAUUGUAUUGUGUACCUUAAACUAUAUUAGGAAAGCAGGAAGUGAACAAAAUGUCAUUGUAUUGUGUGCCUUAAACUAUAUUAGGAAAGCAGGAAGUGAACAAUUACAUUUUACAUGUAAUUAUUGUAAGAUUCAGCCCCCCCCCCCCCAACAUGUUGCUGGUUCAAUCCUCAUCAACUGAUUCCAACAUUCAGUCUCCAUUUUUUUUUAUUUCCAGCAUUUCAAUUUCCAAGGUUUCCAUGGUUUCCAACAAUACAGGGUGACAUGGUUCAGUCCAAAAAAAAAAAGGCUCAGUCCAUGUAAUCAGUCUUCAUUUUUACAUGCCAAAUUCCGUCUUUUUUUGUUGUUGUCCACUAUUCCCACUUUUAUCAACCGUUUAAACCAUUCCAACAUCAAAAUAUUCCGCUCCUUCAGGAUAAGUAGGCUUAUCUUAUCAGGACGUCUAUCCCCAUUGGUGGAAAUUAAUUGUACGUUUAACAUUACAUGUAUAUUGUAUGGUCAUAUCACCUCGUAUUUUUGGUACGUGACAAAAAUCAAAUAAAAAAAACUUCAACUAUAUUAGGAAAGCAGGAAGUAAACAAAUGUAACAGUCGACAAAUUACUGCAUUUUUUUUUACUAACAUAAAUAUUUUUUGCACCUUUGCAAUAGGUGACUUAAGGAAAUGGUACAUAAGCAUCAACUUGUGAUCGUAACUUCGGUACGUGACAAAAAUAAAAUAAAAAAAUUUGGAAAAAACUUAAACUAUAUUAUGAAAGCAGGAAGUGAACAAAUGUAACAGUUACUGAUUGUAAAAGUACCAUAUGGAGGGGUAGGAUUUAAUAAAUGUUGCUUCUUCCUACUCCUUUUGGACAUGUGGAACUGUGAACUGAUUAUGGGAUGCAUUCAAUUGUAAUCUGAUGCAUGUUCAAAUGAAAUUAAACCAUUACUAUUGUGACUUUAUUCAUGUAUUUCAAUGUAAUAAUAAUAAUAAAGAGUGUUAGUACUAUAGAGUCAAAUAAUGCAGAAUUAAACACCUUAAUCUGGUCCCACUGUCAU